CUCAAAGUGAACAAGACGCUGACAGGGCUUGAGUAAAUAUCGAUCGCUUCAAGGUGCUCUGACAGCCGUUAGACUCAUGCUCCAAUCUGACGAUGUCAUUGACAACAACAACAGUUUGAACAGGAAUUUCCUGACCAGCACUGGAAUCAAUGCACUCAGGCAAACGGGCAGUACCAUUUGUAACUCUAAAGACCUUGACCAGCAGCGUGUUCCGUCGUCUGUCGAACUGGCGCAGAUUGCAGCUCGUGCCGCUGCGAACGUGGCAGAGAUUCAGCAACUGCGCGCCAAGUUGGCCACGAAAGAUCAGGAGCUGCAACAGCUUCGAUCCGAUCUUGCUGCCAAAGACCAGCAGCUUACCGCCAAAGAUCAGGCGCUUGCUGCCAAAGAUCAGGCGCUUGCUGCCAAAGAUCAGGAGCUUGCUGCCCAGGCUCAUAAACUGCAGUCAGCUCUUGAUCGGAUCGACGUACUUGAGCACAACCAAGCCGCCAUUGGAUCUUUUUCGAACUUUGACGGACCCGUCCCACAAGUGCCUCUCGCAACUCUCGUCUCCGCCACGAACAACUUUGCCACUGAUUCUCUGCUCGGCGAAGGAGCAUUUGGUCGCGUGUACGGCGCCAGUUUGCCUGGCCCUCGUGUUGCCAUAAAAAAGCUAUCCGCCGAAUCCAAGCAAGGCACGGUCGAAUUCAAGUCGGAACUGGACUCUCUUUCGAAAUUCCGUCACGCAAACAUCAUUGCCAUUCUAUCGUAUGCAGAAGAAGGCGACGAGCGAUGCCUGGUUUACGAAUUCAUGCCCAACGGCUCUGUGCGCGAUCGCCUGAAUCGCAAAAACAACACUCCUUCUCUGACCUGGGCCCAGCGCCAUCGCAUCGCGGCCGAUGUUGCCCGCGGCAUGCACUACGUCCAGACAGCCUUUCCUGACCAUGCACUGUUCCACCUCGACCUCAAGACGGACAAUGUUCUGCUGGACGCGUACUUUAACGCAAAAGUGUCUGAUUUUGGUCUCGUCCGUGCUGCUCAACACCUCGAUGAUAAGAGCUACCUUCGUACACAAACCGUUCAAGGCACAGCUGCUUACAUGUGCCCCGAGUUCUUCGACGAAGGCCGCAUGACCAUCAAGACGGACGUUUAUGCUUUUGGCAUGAUUUUGCUCGAGCUCGUGACCGCCGCCAAGCCUGGCAACCGCCUGAAAGAAGAGAUGCGAAAAGCUGUGAAAAAUCAAGCCGUCCUUGGCAUGCUGGACUCGGCGCUCAAGCUAACCGAAGCAGAGCGUCAGCGCGUCGGCGAGUUUGUCACGCUUGCCAUGGAGUGCCUUGAAGGUUUUGCCGACGAUCGCCCAUCCUUUGGGCAACUCAUUGCUCAUUUGGAUCCUUGAUGACAAUCGGAAAACAUGCUGUAUUGCACGUUUCUGAAGAGGGUGAGUUUAUUUGUCAUUACCCACACCUUCUCAUAAUAGAGAAGGUGUUUGGGCUCGAGAUCACAGUCACUUGCUCUCCUCGCGGAUGUUGUUGUUGUUGUUGCGGUAGAUCUCGUUGCAGUGGUUGUGGUUGUUGUUGUUGUU